AUGUCGAACAUUGAUGAAAUGAAGGGCAAGGCCCAAGAGUUCGGUGACAAGGCGUCGGACCAGGCGUCCAAGUCUUACGAACAAACCUCCAAAGCGACGCAGGGUCAUGCUGGCACUGCCCAGGACAAGGCAUCUGACUACACCAGCCAGACUCAGGACCAAGCAGGAAAGACAUAUGACCAAGCGUCAAAAACUGCUCAGGAUUACACCGGCCAGGCUCAGGAUCAAGCAGGCAAGACCUACGAGCAGACGUCCAAGGCUGCUCAGGGUUAUACUGGCCAGGCGCAGGAUACCGCAUCCGACUACAGCAAGCAGGCCCAACACCAGGCCGGUCAGACCUACGAUCAGGCAUCAAAGACUGCUCAAGACUACACUGGCAAGGCUCAGGACACCGCAUCCGACUAUAGCAAGCAGGCCCAACACCAGGCAGGCCAGACAUACGACCAGGCAUCGAAGACCGCUCAAGACUACACUGGCCAAGCUCAGGACCAGGCAAAGCAAACGUACGACCAGGCAGGAAAGACUGCUCAGGAGUACACCGACCAGGCUCAGGACCAAGCGAAGCAAACCUACGACCAAGCUGCGAAGACUGCUUCCGACUACACCGGCCAGGCUCAGAAUACCGCCUCCGACUACACCAAGCAGGCCCAAGAGCAAGGCAACGACCUUCUGAAGCAAGCUCAGGAGACCGCCACCCAAGCCUACAACACGGCGGGCGAGUACGCCCAGAGCGGCCUCAAGCAGGCUCAAGACGCCCUUGGCCUUAACAGUACGUAA